AAAAGUACCGACAUCAAUUGUGCAAAAUUCAAAUGAGACCGUGGGAUCAAAGUGAUUAUGCUGAGUUCAAAGAUAUGCACACGGUUGUCACAAUGGUGAAGAAGGAUGCUCGUGGACAAGACACGAAAAAGAAGGAAAUACUCCAGGGUUCUGUUGCUGAAAUAUUUUCAACGAAAGUAAACGGAGAACUGCCAGCUCGAAUCCUCAUUUCGGCCCCGGCUGGACGAGGGAAGACCACGGCUGUCGCUAAGAUGGCUUAUGACUGGGUUCACAGAGAAAAGGGGUCAGCAUUAGAACACCUGCCACUUCUGUUUGUUGUGAAAUUCCGAAACACAACGCAGCUUACAUCGAUCGGUGAAGCCAUCAAAUCCCAGCUUUUGAGUGAUGUUGAUGAUCUCACACCAGAGGGUCUGGAGAGUUUCAUUAGAGAGAAUCAGGGAAUCUGUCACAUCAUACUAGACGGGCUAGAUGAGUAUGCCGGUAUUUCUUCUUCAAACCGGAGCUUAGGGAGCAACAUUGUCAGUGUCAUCCGCUGGGAGGAAUUUCCAGAGUGUAGAGUCCUUGUAACGACGCGCCCUCACCUAGAGAACUUCUUCAAUCAAGCGGAACUUCCGAGGGUAUACACUAAAAUGUGGAUCGAAGGAUUCUCGCAAGAGAGCUCACGAGAGUACAUCGACAAGUUCUUUGCUUCGACUUCGAAUCCUUGUCGUGGACAUGGUCUGAAGGUUUACCUUGAUGACCAACCACUGAUCAAUGAACUUGUUAAAACGCCUUUAUUUUGUCUCAUGGUCUGUCACUUAUGGAGCGAAGAGCGUUUGGACACUGAAACUGCAACGCAAACGGAAUUAUUAGACAGUGUGAAUGUCUUUCUGAUGCACCAUGCCAAUGCCCGAGCAAAAUCAAAAGACGAAAUAACAAAAGAAGAACUAAUCAAAAUCAUUCGUAAGCUGGGUAAGGUUGCUUUAGCUGGUCUAAUCGACGACUCUAAAAAACUAGUAUUCACGUCCCAUGAUUUCCGAAGAGUUCCCGCUAUCCUUGAGAGGGCAUGUGAGCUUGGGAUCUUAUCUAAGACGACGAUUCCAACGAAAAUGCUCCCACUAACCCAUAAUACCACAUCCACGACCAUUGAGUUUUAUCAUAAACUCGUUCAGGAACACUCGGCUGGGAAGUACCUUGCUGCUAAAACGAAGAAAUAUAUGUUACGACUGAAGAUUUCUAAGUUGGAUAGACUGCUGCGAAACAUCGAAGCAAACAUCGGUGACUAUGAGAAUCUCAUCCGAUUCGCUGCUGGCACAGAUAACAGCCUUUGCAUACGAAUAAUGGAGACGCUCCUUUCCAACCGCUUUUUGGAUGAGAGCGAACGAUAUCGAAUUCUCCUUGACUGUUCAUCAGAGACCAAGGGUACUCAACAAAAUGUGUCCUCGUUGGUUCAAAGAUGUGUGAAUGCAGAGAGUAUUGUUCUAAAGUCACCGACUGUCUACACCGUCGUUGGGAUGCAAAAUCUUCCAAAGCAACUUAAACGUCAGGUUAGGACAGUAAAGUUCGAGGGGUCUACUCUAACUACCGACGUGACGAGUGGACUAUGGUCCUGCCUCAAAGACUUUUUGAUCUUAGAUACUCUCAUCAUCUCAGACUCAUCUCUCAGUUUCCCUCCAUCUCCUCCGGAGCUUAUAUCAGUCACACAGCUAUCAGCUGAGAGAGUGACGUCACAAAGCUACGAAGGAGUGCUCUCAUCGAUACCUGGAGUGAGAGAUAUCGAUGUCUCUAUCGAUGUUGCAGAGACGAGCAACACUUUUCAGAUCACCACCGCAUCCAGGUCUAUGAAUCAGACCAGGGCUAUGGAUGAACAGUUCUUUGUUCAUAUCAGACUACACGCCUUGACAUCACUUACCGCAGACAUGAAGAUUGAAUCAGGAGAGUCAAUUGGAGGGCUUAGUCUUCUAUUUGAAGACCAAACCGAAAACCAACAUCGGCUGCAUGUGUCCGGGGGGAGGGGCAGAGACGAAGAAGCCUUGGUGGACAUGUUUGUCAAGACUAAACAACUAACGUACUUGAAUUUGGGCAGUGGAGGUGAAUCUGGGAACAAAAAGAACAUCGUCCAGGUGAGUGACUUUUGCUUUACUGGUGCAUGCAUUUCGCUUUGAAAUAUUCAACAAAGGGAUAUCCUCUGAAUUUAAC